ACCACUUUUUUGACAUAAAUUUCUAGCUCCUUUCUUCUUCUUCUUCUUCUUUCAUUCUUGUUGUCCAAAGAGGAUUCAGUACUCAAAUUCUUGAGAGUGUUGUAGUCAUGGAUGAGUCCCUCUACUUGCCUCCUGGUUUCAGAUUCCACCCGACCGACGAAGAGAUCAUAACUCACUACUUGUCGGAGAAAAUCAUCGAUCAAAGCUUCUGCCCGAUCGCCAUAGCCGAAGCGAAUUUCAAUGAUUGUGAGCCAUGGGAUCUUCCAAGCAAGGCUAAGAUGGGAGAGAAAGAAUGGUUCUUCUUCUGCCAAAAGGAUAGAAAAUAUCCUACAGGAAUGAGAACAAACAGGGCUACAGAAUCUGGAUAUUGGAAAGCCACAGGAAAAGAUAAGGAAAUUUAUAAGGGGAAGGGUGUUCUUGUCGGUAUGAAGAAGACUCUGGUCUUUUACAUUGGGAGAGCUCCGAGAGGGCAGAAGAGCAACUGGGUCAUGCAUGAGUACAGGCUUGAAGGCAAACAUCAACAACACUUUAACCUCUAUAAAUCCGGCCGACAGGAUGAAUGGGUCGUUUACAAGGUCUACCACAAGGCAAAGGACACAAAGAUGAUCCCAGCACAAGAUUUAGCAACCAGUAUGAACUCAUUUGUGGAUGAUUUCUUAGUUGAAACUCCUUACUUGCCAUCGCUCAUGGAUUCUUCCUUCAACUCAAGGAACAAAGAAAUACUGGAGCCAAAAGAAGUACAAAUUGAUCAACAAAGUACUCAAUCAAUCUACUUCUCCCAAAGAAAUACUCAAGGACCUUUCUUCUUCCACCAUGAAGAAGAAAUAAUGAGAGAUUCAUCGAUUUCAAAUCAAAACUUAAACGCCUUCAAUGGCCAUGUCAAGAUAGAACAAUCAUCAAACUCCAUCGCCUCUGCUGAGGAUUGUUCGGCUGUCUCCAAGUAUCAGAUAAGCAGUGUAGAAAUGCAAGAUUAUGUUGAUGAUCCUUCUUCUAGUCUGCAAGCUCUGGACUUUGAUAGCUUAUUGAAUUAUGGAUUUGUGUAAAAUAUAUAUAUACUUCUAAUAAAGUGUUAAAUUAUUUGUUUA